UUUUUUGUUCCACCUUCAUCAUUCUUGUACAAACAAGAUGGGAAGUUCUGCCUUUUCCUUUUUUCUACUUCUUUUCCUUUCUUAGUGACCUAUUAGCAGCUUAAGCUCGCUCAUUCACUACUUUAAACAUGUCAGGCGCAAAUUGAGUGAGAGAUAGAUAUCAUAAAAGGCAAAUCAACCCAGUGUCCCUCUUCAUCGUCACCACAAGUUUUCAAUAUAUAACUAUUCCUUUAGAGACUUUUUUAACACUGCCCGGAAGUUGUAAUCCAGAGCCUCCCUUGUAAACGAGUCAAGAAGAUGUCGUUUUCCAGUACGAAAAACUUCUUCCAACGGUUCUGUAUCAAUGAAUUCCAUAUGGGCAGUGAUAUUCAUGGCAGUUGCUUCUCUAGUGAUCUCCUUCCAUCACUUGGCGCCCGAAUUAACCAUUCCACAGAGCUACGCGCACACAUAAUAUCCCCUUUCAACCCUCAUUAUAGGACUUGGGAGAUAUGGCUGGUGGUGCUAGUCAUUUACUCUGCCUGGGUUUGUCCAUUCGAGUUUGCAUUCCUAUCGUACAAGAACGAUGCACUUCAUAUUGUUGAUAACAUUGUCAAUGGAUUCUUUGCUGUUGACAUCGUUCUCACUUUCUUUGUUGCAUAUCUCGAUAGCCACUCUUAUCUCCUCGUUGAUGAUCCCAAGAAGAUUGCCAUCAGGUACGUAUUGACCUGGUUCGCUUUAGACGUCUGUUCCACUGUCCCAUUUCAGCCUCUCAGCCUCAUGUUCACAGACCAUGGCAGUGAACUCGGGCUCAGGCUACUCAACAUGCUCAGACUCUGGCGUCUGAGACGAGUUAGCUCCCUGUUUGCAAGACUUGAAAAAGACAUUCGGUUCAACUACUUCUGGACUCGGUGCACCAAGCUCAUUUCGGUGACCCUGUUUGCAGUACAUUGUGCUGGGUGCUUUAACUAUCUGAUUGCAGAUAGAUACCCUGAUCCUUCGAGAACAUGGAUUGGUGCAGUGCACCCAGAUUUCAAACAGCGCAGUCUGUGGGAUAGAUAUGUAACUUCAAUUUACUGGUCCAUUACAACGCUCACCACAACUGGUUACGGUGACUUGCAUGCUGAGAAUCCGAGAGAGAUGUUGUUUUAUAUCUUUUACAUGUUCUUUAAUUUGGGAUUAACAGCUUACCUCAUCGGGAACAUGACUAACCUCGUAGUUCACUGGACAAGCCGAACCCGUAAUUUUAGGGAUACAAUUAGAGCUGCUUCGGAAUUUGCGACACGAAAUCAGUUGCCACCUCACAUACAUGAUCAAAUGUUGUCACACAUAUGUUUACACUUCAAAACAGAAGGACUGAAGCAACAAUUGACCCUAAAUAGUUUACCGAAAGCCAUCCGGUCGAGUAUCGCGCAGCAUCUCUUCCUCCACAUUGUGCAGGAAGCCUAUCUCUUCCAAGGAGUUUCUCACGACUUCCUAUCUCAGUUGGUUUCGGAUAUGGAUGCGGAGUAUUUCCCACCCAAAGAAGAUGUCAUUCUGAAGAACGAAGCCCCAACGGAUCUCUAUAUACUUGUCUCGGGAGCAGUUAUUAUGGAAAAGGUGGCUGCAGGGGAUAUGCUUGGAGAGAUUGGAGUUCUAUGUUAUAGGCCGCAGCCAUACACAGCUAGGACCACUGAGCUUUGUCAAAUGCUACGAAUGAAUGCAACAUCUCUAAUGAACAUCAUCAAGGUCAAUACGGAAGAUGGAAGUGUUAUAAUGCGUAACCUUUGCAAGAAAUUAAACGGGCUACACAGCAGCAGCUUUGACCGGCCCUCCAUAGAUCCUGGUUGUUUGAACGCUGGAUUUGAAGAUCAACCAGAGAGAUGUGCAUCAAAGAGAGAAACAAUAAAAAUGGAUUUAGAUGAACAUAGAAUAGAUAUCAUUGGGCCAAAAACAGCAGAUGAUCUCAAGAACGGUAAAAAAAGGCGUAGAAUCGGAGCCCAAAAUUUCUUCAAUUCACACAGUUAUAGGGAGCUAAUAAUAACGACCAAGAAAAGAGUUACUAUUCACAUGCAAUUAAAGAGCAGCAGUAUAUCAAGUAGGCAACUUGGAAAGUUGAUACUCCUACCUGAUUCAAUAAAAGAGCUGCUCAAAAUAGCUGGAGAAAAGUUGGGAGGCAUCGCAUUUACAAAAGUCGUUAAUGCAGAGAAUGCAGAAAUUGAUGAUAUACAUGUCAUUCGAGAUGGUGAUGAUCUGUUUCUCCUUCAAAAUGAGGAUGAAAAUGUAAUAAUGUGAACUGAUGAUGACAAACAAAAUCAUCCCGGUUACUGAAUCACUGCAGACGGCAUGUAACCUUGAGGCAAUGAUAAUGAUAAUGAAAUGGUAACAAUGAUAUAACAGGAUCAGUUGAAUUGGGGCCACAAUUGCAAUUAUAAAUCUUAAAUCAAAGAAGUCAAUUACAU